CCGUCGCUCCUAUACCCUCGGUGUCAUCAACUGCUGGCGACCGCGACCGGCGUCGGUUUUGCGCGCCACCACGCCGGUAUUUAAAUAUUAUUGUUGUUAUGACAGCGAUAAUGAUAUAUAAAUUAUAAAAUCACAAUCGUGCGCGAGUUUUUUCCACCCACAAUUAUUAUUAUCGAACGCAUAUCAUCCGCGACUAUAUGCCGUAUACUAGGUAACUAUCUAUUUAUCGCCGCCGCCGCCACCACCUCAGAGUUUAUCGUAAUAUUAAUUCCUACGACGGUAUCGUGCGGUUUUUCGUUGCCAGCGCAGUAUAAUACACGGUCGUUCUCUAUAACAUCACCCCGGAAAACUAAAUUUAAGUCUUCCGCCAAACGAGGAUUGCGAAAUAUUAUUAUUACCCACCUGCAAUUAGCCAGUCGUAUACUAGUCACUAGCCGAUGGAAUCGAAGAUCGAGCAACAUCGUCGUGCGUAAUCGAUCGGCUCCGUCAUGGCUCACAACACGGAAAAAUGGGCUGAAGAACAGGAGCCCAACUCGUUUCUCUUGGGCGAAGACCGCAGUGCGCAGCCUGGGUUUGUCAGGCAGAACCGUCGGCAAUCCGGUAAUGUUGGAGUUUUUAAAGAUGACAAACGAACGGAAAAGACACAUGAAGAUCCAGUUUCUAUGGCCAUCGGCGAAUUCGGCCGAUGGCAAGCUAUGCUUACUUUAAUUUUGUCCUUGUUAAAUUUGCCUUGUACAUGGCACAUAUUCGUACUAACGUUCCAGGGGGCAGAUACGGACUUCUGGUGUACACCGCCGCCGGGUGUACUGAACCGGAUAUCCGUGGAUGAAUGGAAAAAUUUAAGUGGUGUAAUCCCCGAAUCACCAACAAGCAAUGUUUCAGUAUACGAUCCUUGUCAUUAUCGUGACUUCGACUACGAAAGUUUACUCAGUAAAUUUAGUUACACGGAAUUACUUAAAAAUAAAACAGAUCAAUAUGAGCUUAAAACGUGUGCUUCGUGGCAGUUCAAUACUACUGAAUUCGGCGAUACAAUCACUUCCGAAUGGAACCUAGUUUGUGACAGAAAAGAAUUAAAAAACUUUGCUGAGAUGAUGUUCUUGAUGGGUGUUGCUUUUGGAGGUUUCUUCUCAGGACUCGUGUCAGACAGAUUUGGUAGAAAGAAGACGUUGAUGGCUUCCUUAAUCAUGCAGUUGGCUCUUGGCAUUUUAGUCGCCAUUUGUCCUUGGUUUGAAUUCUAUCUGGUAUUGAGAUUUAUUUUGGGAUUUGUUUGUGUGAGCAUCGUCUUUAGUGGUUUUGUGUUGUGCAUGGAACUGGUUGGUGGUAAAUGGUUGACAAUCGCUGGAGUUCUUUACUUGCUCCCUGUUCCUAUGAGCUACAUUAUAAUAUCCGGAAUCGCAUAUAUAUGUAGAGGAUGGAGGUUACUGCAGUGGUGUGUCACUUUACCCGCCGUAUUUUUCUUGGUUUUGCAUUGGUUUGUUCCCGAAUCGCCGAGAUGGUUAUUGGCCAUGGGCAGAGUGGAUGAGACUAUGGAAGUUUUGGAAAAGGCCUCUAAAAUUAAUAAGCACCCCUUGCCAGUGAAUAUGGACAAAAUUCUUAAACAAAGUAUAAACAAAUUCGAAAUUAAUGGCAAACCUAAAGUACGAGUUUCAGAUUUAUUUCGUACCAAAAAUAUUAGAAAGAUUUCCCUUGUUUUAUACAUACUUUGGUUCAGUCUUUACUUAGUAUACUAUGGGCUUGUACUUAAUCUGUCUAACAUCGGUGGAAAUAUAUACAUAAACACUAUAAUAUCAGGUUUGGUCGAAAUUCCAGCAAUAUUGAUUAGUGUAGUAAUAUUGCUUAAAAUGGGUCGAAGAAUUCCAUUGUGCCUUACCAUGGUAGCUGGAGGAAUUGCGUGUUUACUAACUACGAUUCUACCAGCAGAUACGGAUGAGUGGAUAUCGCUAUCGUUGGUGAUGGCUGGCAAAUUUUCCGUGUCGUCGUCAAAUGUUAUUAUGCCUCUCUACACAGCCGAAUUGUUCCCAACUGUUAUAAGGAAUUUAGGAGUGGGAACUUCAAAUAUACCAGCAGGAAUUGCACUUAUUAUGGUGCCAUACCUUUGGAACUUGUCUCCAUUGAGCAAAGUCUUACCGUUAUUGGUACUUGGAACAGUCAGUGUCAUUGGUGGCUUGUCUGUACUUAUGUUACCAGAAACAGGCAGUUAUCUUUCUGAUACAUUAGAAGAAGUAGAGGAUUGUAUUAGCACAUCAAAUAGUACACAGAAAAAAUAUAUCGAUACAAUAAGUAGUAACGUACAAAGUUCACCAUCCGAGAAAGAAUAAUUCCUUCAUAAUAGAUAUUAUACGGUUAAUUAUUUGUUUAUUCAUUUGUCUUCCUAAUCGUUUUAUUACGUUUUGAUAAGUAUUUUAAAAACAUAUUUUUUUUUAUUCAUUCUGCAUAUUCCUGUGAUAAUUAUCUAAAAUUAUAGUUGAUCAAUAAGUCAACGAAAGUACUACACCGAUAGUCUAUAUUAUGUUAAUAUAGUUUUAUAAAAAAAUAAAUAGAAUUAACUUAGUUCUUGUAAAAAACUGGACUGACUUUGUCAAUUUUUUUUUUACAAACUAUUGCCUAUGGAUAAUAUAAAAUACAUUGUUACCCAUAGGUACUUGUUAUAUAAGUUUAGUUAUAUCUUUGUUUGUAAUAAAUAUUAUAAAAUGUAUAUAUUUUAAUGAUUAAAUUCAUAUAAUAUUAUGUAUUAUGUAUAUAUAUUAUAUUCUAUAUUAAUAAGAAAAAAAAAUAUUAACUUUAAUCAUAAUAUUUAAAGAUAGAUAAAUAACAUGUUGUUAUUAUGUUUUCGUUAAUCUUAAACUACGCAAAAAGUAUUUAAAUAAUAGAUUUUAUUGAUUUAUAAAAACUUGUAUUAUAUAAACUUAUAAUAUGAUAUCGGAAUAAUUGACCAAGACUUAAUAUAAAUAUAUUUAAAUAAUGCUAAUUA